CGCGUCACAUGUCUGUGCGCGCUCAUUCAAUUACUGCACAUCGGGACAAACAGCGGGCACGGACGCGCAGAGCGCAACAGACUCGGACGGCGGAGACAAACAUUUUAGGGGAAAAGAAAAAAGGAUUUUGUGAAAUAUAUUGUUAACUUGUUUUUGCUCCCAGAAAUGGAAGUUUUAUAUCUCUUUCUGUUCGCCUGCUGUGUUUGUCAGGUUGAUGGACGCAAAGCAUUCAGUGACAUGUUCCCCCACAAACACUCAGCACCAGGGAAGCUUCCUUUUCCAAUUCCAAAAAUCCCAGGUUGGGAUCCAGACACCAAUCCAUGGGAUGACUACCUCUACCCACCACUAAAUCCAAAACCAAAGGAGCUCAUGCACCACAGAGGUAGACCAAAGGUCCAUCUGACCAACGACAGUCCGGCUAUCAAGGGUUCUUGCAUUUCCUUCACUGCAAAGCUGGAGUAUCCUUCAUGUCAAAAGGAGGACAAAAACGGGGACCUUGUGUGGGACGAGCACUGUGAGGACGCCAAUGGGCAGGUGCGAUCUGGCUAUGUGUACAACUGGACAUCCUGGCUGGAUGACUAUGGGUUUGGGAAGUGUAGAGAUAUGAAAAGAUGCAACGUAUUCCCUGACGGGAAACCCUUCCCUCAAAGCUACAGUUGGAGACGCAAGAGCUACGUCUACGUGUGGCACACAAUGGGUCAGUACUAUGAGACAUGUGAUGGCUCCUCCUCCAGUGUGACACUUAACAGCACCGAUCUCCCUCUGGGUGCAGAGAUCAUGGAGGUCAUGGUCUACAGGAAGAGUGAACGCAGGAAGUACAGCCCGUUAACCACUGACAGCGACGUGUUCUACGUCACAGAUAAGAUCCCAGUGGCAGUCACUGUAUUCCAGAAGGCUGCAGUCAACCAGUCAGACAACGUCUUCCUCCGUGGAGAGGACAUAGUCUUCAAAGUCCAGGUCCACGACCCGAGCAACUACCUCAAAACAUCUGCCGCCUACGUCGACUACAUCUGGGACUUCAGAGAUGGCAACCGGCUGGUAACACAUCACGACGUGGUCACUCAUGCCUACAAGAUGUUGGGCAACAUCAGUGUGAAGCUGGUGGUGGAGGCGGCAUUCCGUAUUGAAUGCCCACCUCAUGUCACAACCCUGAAACCAAAGAGCUCUACAUCAAUGCCAACUACAGAGGCUCCCACACCUUCACCUGGUACUCACACUGUAACUGUGAAGACAGAGACCACACCUGUGCCACCAACUACCAGCGAGACUUUUACCUCCUCCAGUGGAUUUGUCACCACAGGCGACCCCACUACAGAGCCCCUGCCCUCUACUUUUUCAUUUAUGACACCGGAGUUUGAGCCCACGACCCCGGAGUUUGAGCCCACGACCCUGUCUCUGUUCCAUGUCCGCCGCCGGGUCAACAGCAAAGAGUGCUUCCGCUAUGCAUACGGGACCUUCGUGGGUAACAUCACCGUGAUCGAACCCAAACACAUGCCAAAGAAUGAGCCAAACAUUCGGAUUGUGGGCAUAUCGUCUGCAAAAGUGACCGACUCUGAUGUCAGCUUUGUGGUGAAAUGUCGAGGCAGUACCCCGACUUCAGCAUGUGUGAUCGUGUCAGACCCGAGCUGCACACGGGUGCGUGACUUUAUGUGCGAUGACAUGCCGCCAUCGUUGGAGUGUGUGGUGCAUCUGAACAGAACCUUGGAACCCGGCACCUACUGUGUCAACAUCACCCUGGAGGACUCUGGCAGCCUGUCCCUGGCCAGCACCAGUGUCACCAUUAGCAAGUCCCAGAAUGCACCUGUGUCCAACAGUCCUCACACUGCCAAGGUUGUCCUCACUUCAACUGUUGUGCUCGUGACGCUGUUUGUGUUAAUUUCCUACCUGGUUUACAGGCAUAACAAGACCUACCGACCCAUUGGUGGCUCACUGGUGGAGGAUGUCUGCAGCAACUCUAGGAUCAGAGGUCGCAUGGGCCGCCUGAAGGGCGCCCUCUUCCGCUGCAGCGAGGAAAGACACCACCUGCUGACUGAGAUACGCCCCCUGUAGUCUCUCUGUGGUAUCUACAGCGACUUCAAAGCUUUUUGCAGUACAAUCAUGAUGCAGAAUCUCUCACUGAUGAGGCAAAAUAACCGUAUUGUCAAUGUGCAAAGAGAAAUAUCAGUAA